GCUCUGUGCUCUGUUAAAAGAAGAGUUAAGUUAAGUCGUGUUAGGUGGAUUUAAUUGUCAUUACGCUACUCACGUGUCUUUUGUUGUUUAUAUUGAUUGGCUUACCUAAUUUGGACUCGGUGUUUAUUGACCUGCUCUUUAAGGCUCGCUGGUCAGGAUGGCUGAAAGAAGAACUGAGCACAUUGUGAUGACGCCUAAGUCUAAGACGGCUAAAUCUACCACAUUAAUUAUUGAACGUCAGGCACUGGAUCAUCCGGAGAAUACUAACAAUCAGCAAGAUGUUCAUAUCGCUGGUGGUGACCACAAAGGAAUAGUCAUCAAUAAACACGCAGUUGCUGUUUCAAAUGGAAUCAACGAUCCAGCACAUGUUUGUCUUGAGUUUCGGGUAUUUUUAGUUAGCGCGCAAACUAAAAAACAUACGCAAGAAUCUCGUACUCUACAAUUUUGGUUUAUUAAUUCUUUAUCUGAAGCGGAACAUCCAAGUGUUGCUCAAGAGUUUUUUCGGGAACUUGUUAGUCCCCAAGAAUUUCCUAGAGAUUACGUGGGCUUCAUAAAAAAAAUAAUGAAAUUAAUGCAGCACAAAUACUCGAGCAUAAAAAAGCUCGAAGUCGAACUGAAACAACUGGAAGAACCAAUUACAUUACCAACCAGGCCGUCUCAAACUGGCUACUCUCUGUUCACACUUCCUCGGUCUAAGAAAAGUGUGCGGAUAGCAGUGUCGGCCGAUGAGACAAUAAUGGGCCAGUCUGUUGAGUUGACAUCUGAGAAAGUCUUGGAAUUAAUUGAAUCAGCCUAUCCAAAUCCUGUAACUGUAAUUGAUAUUGCUAAACAAUACAAUUGGGAACCAAAUGAAGUUGAAGCGAUAAUGAACGAACUACAAACUAAAGGAUUAGUAAAAGCAAUGGAACAUGGAGCGUUUACCCGAGUGGCUCAUGAAGAUACGCAAAUAAAGGUUGUUAAACAAAUGCCAAAAAUGGCCAGCGCUAAACAACCAACAAUAGCAAUUAUCACCGCUCAGUACUGUGAAAAACUUGCGGUAGAUUCGAUGAUUGAAAACAAGGAAACUUUUGUUCGUUAUACUACUGUUGGUACUGCAAGUUCUCCAGAUUCUCCUGACGGUGUACCUCGAGUAAUUUGCCGAUUUGGAGAGUCAAAUGUUUAUACGCUGGGUAAUAUUGGAGAUCAUCGGAUAGUCUGCACAAAAUUACCACGAGUUGGUCAUGAGAGAGAAGCUAUGACUGCUGCGGGAAAUACAACGACGCGGUUAUUAGGAACAUUCCAAAAAGUCGAUUACGUCUUUUUGGUGGGAGUCGGUGGUGGAGUACCUCAUUACACCGAUUACAAUAAGCACGUGCGCUUAGGAGACGUUGUUGUAUCUUACCCAACACCAAUGACUAAAAAAUACGUGUAUAUUUACUGCGAAGGUGCGAAACACAAUGAAGAAGACGGUAGUUAUCAUUUUGAUACCAAAGAGUACUGUCCUGUUAAUUUGGGGCUUCAAGAUUUGGCGAUGAAUAUUAAAAAACAGGCCGAAGACGAAUCAAAUGUACCGUGGAAAAAAUAUUUAAAAGAAGGCCUUGAGAACCUAGACAAUCUUCAAUCAGAGCACGACUUCAAACAACCGCCUCUGGAAUCAGAUAAAUUAUAUAUGGCCAUUGGGGACCGGGAUGUAAUCGAAGUCGCACAUCCGGCCGCUCCACAAGACACUGCGAACAAAAGGAUGAUUGGAUGCCCUCGCAUGCACUUGGCAUCAAUUGCUUCCGGUAGACUGAUAUCCCGAGACGAUCAAUUGAGGCAGAAAUUCGCAUCAAGAUUCGGAUGUCUCGCAUUUGAUGGGGAAAUGGAUGCCGUCGUUGAAAGUAUUCUCGGAAAUUGCAGAGAUAGCUUCGCUGUGGUAAGGGGAAUUUGUGAUUACAAAGAUGGUUCUCGGGGCAAAGAAUGGCAACCCUAUGCUGCGCUUGCCGCUGCUAGUGUUGUCAAGUCGAUUAUUUGUUCGAUGGACCCGCCGACUAAUGUUUAAAUUCUAUUUUAUUAUUACAAUUAAUUUAUUAUUAAUUAUUAAUGAUAGUAAUAUAUUAAAAAAAAAAUAAAUUAAAAGAGUAUUAUAUAGAUUCAGAUCAAAGUUAAUAAAGACUAUAGUUAAAUUAGUCUCAAAUCAAACAUGCAUAUAAUAAAAUGCGUUUAAUAAAAUUAGUACACUGAAAAAAAAUUU